AUGUCGUUCUUCAAGCGUAACGAUCCCAGUGCACCUGCCGCUCGACGUGCGGGAGGACCUGGAUCCACAGGGGUGGGAGGAAAUCAAUCACCUUAUGAGAGAUUACCAGCGGAUAAUAACUCUUAUUCAUCUCAACCUUCUUUACCACCUAGACAAUCACCUGCACCACCUCAACCUCCAAGUCAGAGAGAUCCAUAUGGUAAUCAAGGACAGCAAGGUGGAUAUGGUACUCCUCAAAGGCAGCCUCAACAACAACAGCAGCCACCUUUACCACCUAGAGGAGGCGCCGGUGGAGGAGACGGUUACUAUGCUGAGAAAGCAGAAUAUAGACCUCAACAACAACAACCAUCCACUCCACAAAGAGGUUAUCCUCAACAACAACAUCAAGGAGGAGGAGGAGGUGGUGGUGGUGGUGGAUCAGGUAGAGGAAUAUACAACAUAGCGCCGUGUCCAUCGGAUCCAUUAGCUUUGACUAAUCGAUUGGUCGUUAACCCAUCGGACUUCUCACCUGACGUUGAAUUCGUCGUAAUGAGAAACAAAUUCGUGUUCUCAAUCAUUCGCGACCCAACGCAUACUCUGCCUCCAAGACAUGUAGGGCCAUCAAAGAUUAUCAGACAAUGGGUCGGACUGUCAGCUGUAGGAGAAACAGUUGAACUGGAACCUUAUCAUCCUGGAAAUGGUGAUUGGGCAAGUACUGUCGAGUUAGAGGUCGGAUUCAGAUUGAAGAGAAAGGAAACUAGCGAUUUAUUCGAUAGUGAGGACAUGGCAGCUGCUUUCAACAACGCAUUCCCAUCUCUCCCUCUAAGUCCUCUUCAGCCUUUAGUAUUCGAUUACCGAGGACAUGAACUCAAAGCCUCCGUCAGAGCUGUAUCAACCCUCGAUGGUAACGAUGGGGGUACAGGUAUUAUAAUGGAAGGUACAGAAAUCAUUUGGGUCAAGGAUCCUAGCAGUGGUAUCAAACUCAAGAACAGCUCCAAGCGUGGACCUACAAAUGCUAUCUUGGCUCCCAAUUUCAAGUUCGAGGAUAUGGGUAUUGGUGGUCUCGAUAAUGAAUUUGCCGCAAUCUUUAGAAGAGCAUUCGCAAGUCGGAUCUUUCCUCCUGGGUUAGUUGAAAAGUUAGGUAUUCAACAUGUUAAAGGUAUUCUUCUUUUCGGUCCCCCUGGUACCGGUAAAACCCUUAUGGCCAGACAGAUCGGCAAAAUGCUCAACGCCAGAGAACCGAAAGUCGUGAAUGGUCCUGAGAUAUUGAAUAAAUUUGUUGGUCAAAGUGAAGAGAAUAUCAGGAAGCUGUUUGCAGACGCAGAGAAGGAGCAAAAAGAAAAAGGUGAUGAAAGCGGAUUGCACAUCAUCAUUUUCGAUGAACUUGAUGCUAUCUGUAAACAACGUGGAUCUACCAACAGUGGUACCGGCGUUGGCGAUUCAGUUGUCAAUCAAUUAUUAUCAAAAAUGGAUGGUGUCGAUCAACUCAAUAAUGUUUUGAUCAUUGGUAUGACCAAUCGAAUGGAUAUGAUCGAUGAAGCUUUACUUCGACCUGGUAGAUUAGAAGUGCACAUCGAAAUUUCGCUACCUGAUGAAGCGGGCAGAUUCCAAAUCUUGAAUAUUCAUACGAGUAAAAUGAGAAAUAAUGGAGUUAUGGCGGACGACGUUGAUCUAGCUGAAUUGGCGGCUUUAACCAAGAAUUUCUCAGGAGCAGAGUUAGGUGGUCUGACCAAGAGUGCAACCAGUUUCGCCUUUAACAGACACGUCAAGGUCGGAACAGUCGCUUCGUUCGAAGAGGUCGAGAACAUUCAGAUAUCAAGAGCAGAUUUCAUGCACGCUUUGGAUGAAGUACAAGCUGCUUUUGGUGUUUCAGAAGAAGAAUUGCAACAAGUUGUACAGAAUGGUAUCAUCCAUUAUUCGCAACGCGUCAAUGAUGUGCUCAACGAUGGAAGUCUAUUGGUGGAACAAGUCAGGAAAUCCGAUAGAACACCUCUGGUCUCUGCCUUACUGCAUGGUCCAUCUGGUGCCGGUAAAACGGCCCUCGCAGCUACGAUCGCCAUGGCAUCCGAUUUCCCCUUCAUCAAGUUGAUCUCACCGGAAAGUAUGGUCGGCUAUUCUGAACCUCAGAAAAUAGCUCAGUUGCACAAGAUCUUCUCGGACAGUUAUAAGAGUCCUUUGAGUGUUAUUGUUGUCGAUAAUAUUGAGCGAUUACUUGACUGGAAUCCCAUCGGGCCAAGAUUCGCAAAUGGUGUAUUACAAGCUUUGGUUGUAUUAUUCGGUAAAAGACCGCCGAAGGGCCGACGAUUAUUGAUUUUAGCCACGACAUCCAACAGAUCUAUCUUGUCCGAUAUGGAUGUGUUAUCAGCUUUCGACACAGAUAUACCUAUAUCACCCAUAACGACACUGGAAGGGGUUGAUCAUUGUCUAAGAGAAGUUGGAUUAUUCAACAAUUCAAACGAACUCGCGAGGUCGAUGAAAAUGCUUAAAGAUGCAAGACUCGGUCAAGAAGGAAGAGCAGAUCUUUCUAUCGGUGUUAAGAAACUGCUCACUUUGGCAGAGAUGGCCAGACAAGAUCCUGAUCCAGCUAGUAAAUUGGCAAGUAGUUUAGUAAGAGAGGCGGCUUAA